CCUCGCUUACUGGGUUUAACUUUUUUCCUGCUCUCCUGAACCUCAGGUUGUUAAAUCCGUUGUUUUACCUUUACCAUCGCAGUAGUUCGUAAGAACUUGGUGUGUGUGUUUUCCGCGCUGACGGCGCGGGUGUCGUUCCCCCCCGCGCCGCGUGGGGGCGCUGGAGCUGCACCGAACCGAGCAGCCGCGCCGCCGCCGAGGAACCAGGAACACUCUCUCCACGGAGACAACUACCAGUGAAACCAUGAGUGAAACCCCUCAAAACACGUUUUCGUGUGACUUGUGCGGUCUCAGCACCCCGUUCACCUACUACGGGCAGAAGCCGCCGAACACCAGAGCGAUCGUGCUGCUGGAGGAGUGUUUCGUGGGCAGAGACCCGUUCCGCCCGGACCGGGACCGGUUCCUGGUGCUGGGAUCCACCUGCAGCCUCUGCAGCAGCACCGUCUGCGUGGGAGCGGACUGCAGUCUCUUCUACACCAAGAGGUUCUGCAUGCGCUGUGUGAACAAGCACCUGGACCAGUUCCCUCACCAGAUUCAGGCCGAGCUGGCGAAGAAGAAGCAGAGUUCAAAGGCCGCCGUCUCAUGACACACGAGGUCCACAACCUGCUGCUCUUCCUGCAACCAGCAUCCGCAUACAUGCCCUCACCGGCACGCUCGCACCAGACAUUUGGAAAAGGAAGGCUGCUAGUGUUUUAUGAGCAUUGCUCAGAGUUGUUAUUGAUUUGGAAAUGAGCAGCACUCACCAGAACACUAGAUGCUCAGGGCCACUGAAUUAGAGGUUUUUAUUUAUUUAUUGCGAAGAGUUUUAUACAAGCGAGCAGCAGGUGUGACUUUUUAUGUAGUUUUUUUUAUUUUAAACCCACAAACAUGCCUUGAAGGACGCAACAAACUAUUGAUGUAAUUCAUUGUCUAUUACCGAAGCCUGUUGCAUAUUAACUGGUUAUCAGCGAUACCAGUUUGGUUUAGAGUAAAUGCAAACAUCAGUUAAAGUAGUCGUCCAGUGUGCUGCGUGCACAAAUGUUAUCAGGGAUAUUGCAAGCUCGUACGUGUGACUCACUCUGCCGUAGUAGCUGUUGUAGUAGCCGUGUAACUAAGUCAUGUUUUGAUGGCUGAAUCCUGCAUGGUUGCAUCAUUCAAGUGUACUCCCGUUUCAGUGCAGAAUGCAUGCUCCGCUGCACUUCCCUUCAGACAAACACAACUAGUUAAAACACAACUAUAGUGCCGCAGGAGGAAAACGCAGUCAGUCCCAGUCAAAAAGCCUUUCAUUUUGAAUGAGAAGUGUGUCCAAACUUUCUGACUUGUACCACAUGUUUAGUGCUGGGGUUUUGGGGCUUUUAUUUCCUGGUGGAGGAAAUUCGGUAAAGUCUCAGUAAAACUGCAACAAAACAAACAAGCCUUGGGGUUUUCAACCUGACGUCUCAUGUUUCUUGUGCUGGUUAAUCUACCAUCUACUAUUCAUUCUUUCUCUCUCUCUCUCUCUUUCUCACUCAAAGGAGUCACAAUAUUUCCAUUUCUGAUAACCACGUUCCCUGUAAAGCAUUAGUUAUGCAUGUGAGACCUGAGCAGAGCACUCUCUGGCCUCAUUUCUCACUUUCCCAUCUAAUCGCAAUGAUCAAAAUCUGUUUUCAGUUCAAGGAUCGCUCAGUACAACGCUGCGUUUAUAGCAGCAUAAACACAUUAUGGAAUAAGUGUGAUCCUGGCGAUAACAUCUAUAUAACAGAUGGCCUGGCUGUAUUUAUCACGAGAUGUUUGAGUCUUUUGCAAGGCCUAAUUGAAACAGUAUGGCCUUAAAGGCAGGCCCACUCAUUUUACUGGCAAAUGCUACAGAGGAAUGCAGAUGACACUCACUGGAGAGUGUACUUUGGGACUUGGUGAACUCCCGGGCAAGCACUACUUACUGUUGCUGUUUUUUUUUCUUUGUUUGUUUGUAUAUUUUUUUAUGAAUACUCUUUAUAAAUGACCCUGAUCCAGUUUUGGUAUGUGGAGGAAAUAAAUAUGAGAAAUCU